AGCAAAAUGAAGGAGGGAAGUGGAGGUAUAUUCUAGACAUGAUUUGAACAAGGGAGGCAUAUUCAGUUGAUGGAGAAAGGCAAAGACCGUUAGUUGGUAAAGAAGAAGACCUGGAAGAAGAAGAAGAAGAAGAAGAAGAAGGCUUUGUUCAUUUGACGUCUUAACAAAAGAGACCCCAAUUCCCUCCUCUAGUCUUCUCUCCAGAUGAAUAAAAACUCGCUGGCCUUAAAAGAAAGCCUUUAAUGCUGCAGACAGAACCAACCAGAAACCAGUCCUAACUUUCCUCCAUAUUCACCACCAACAACCUCGAGAUACACCACGUAAUAACGCCCUACAAGACACGACAACAGAACACUAUUCGUUGCAAAAAUCAAGAACCUCGAAUCAAGGUAUCUCAUUAUUGGAGUCAAAAGAGCAGGAGGAGAGAGAGAAAUGGAAGACGUGGCGGCUACAUCGGCUUCAUCGUCGUCCUCGUCGCUUUCAUCAUCAUCAUCCUCAAUCUUUACCAAUUACCCUCUCAUUUCUGCACUCGUGGCCUUCGCUAUUGCCCAAUCCACCAAGUUCUUCACCGCCUGGUAUAGGGAAAGACGAUGGGAUCUCAAACAACUUAUUGGAUCUGGCGGAAUGCCAUCAUCUCAUUCUGCAACAGUUACUGCCCUUGCUCUGGCCAUUGGGUUCCAAGAAGGAUUUGGAGGAUCCGUGUUUGCAGCUGCAUUGGUCUUAGCAUGUGUUGUGAUGUAUGAUGCCACUGGUGUGAGAUUACAGGCUGGACGCCAAGCAGAGGUUUUGAAUCAAAUUGUGUAUGAACUUCCUGCUGAGCAUCCUCUCGCCGAAAGCAGACCACUGCGUGAACUUCUUGGUCACACCCCUCCUCAGGUUAUUGCUGGUUUGUUGCUUGGGAUUGUCACGGCAUCCAUUGGCUAUUUGAUUACCUUGAUUUGCCGUUGAGCUUGAUGCUCAAGUUGAUCACGGAUAUCAUCAGGCAGAAUCUCUGAUGGCCACAUCUCCGAUGGAGAAAUAGGACAGAAUUGAAACUCAGCAGAUCCGUCACCAUUAGUCGUUCUUUCAAAAUAUGAAUCCGACGGUUUUCAUGUUUGUGAUCUUGUAGCCAUGUUAAAAACUUGUAUUAAACUACCUCCUAUUCAUAUGAUCGCCUGCAUUCAGAAGAUGUAAUUUGAUUGAUUGCUUAGUGUUUGAUGUACCAAAACCUUUUUAACCGUCCAAAAACUGGAAGACUCUUGCUUGUACCAUGAUCAACGUUAUCAAAUAUACAUUUUUUGCUUUGA